AUGCCUGUAUUUCAGUCCAAAACUUUUCGUCGAGCCACCACAGAGUCGUCUUCCUUGGGAGAACGGCUCGGUGCUUUCUACCGUGCACGAUUACCUCGACACCCGUUCCUUUUCUUCGGGUUUCCCUUCAUGGCUGUUAUCGUUGCUGCUUCUUUUGCCUUGACUCCAGCCACAGCACUGCGCUAUGAGCGAUAUGAUCGCAAAGUCAAACAGCUUAGUCGAGAAGAAUCUCUCGACCUUGGACUAAAGGGUCCUGACGGCGAAGAGGGGAUCAAGCGAAACCCACGGAGGAGAAUCGUUGGUGAUGAGAAGGAAGAAUACUACAGGCUGAUGGCCAAAGAUUUGGAUAACUGGGAACAAAAACGUGUUCAGCGAUUUGAGGGUGAACCGGAUGGAAGGCUCUGA